AAUGGCGAAGGUAGGGAGAAUGAAGCUAGGAUCACAAGGUCUAGAGGUGUCCAAACAGGGACUGGGAUGCAUGGGGAUGUCAGCCUUCUACGGGCCUCCAAAGCUGGAAGAAGACAUGAUCAAACUCAUCCACCACUCCAUCAACUCCGGCGUCACUUUCCUUGACACCUCCGACGUCUACGGCCCUCACACCAACGAAAUCCUCCUUGGCAAGGCACUCAAGGGAGGGAUGAGAGACAAAGUUGAAUUGGCUUUGAAAUUCGGGGGCCACUUUGCUGACAGAAAGACAAAGAUUCAAUGUGAUCCGGGAUACGUACGGGCAACAUGCGAGGCGAGCUUGAAGAGGCUGGACAUGGAUUGUAUCGAUCUCUAUUAUCAGCAUCGGAUUGACACCCGCGUCUCCAUUGAAAUCAUGGUUCAACCCUGCUUCUCUCUCUCUCUCUCUCUUUAA